UCCUACACUCAGUCAGUCAGCCAGUCAGGUGACUAUGGAUCAGCUGAUUGCAGGCAGACAGGACAUGGCCGAGCAGACGGAAUACUGAUGAGGAGACCGCUGAUCACAAGCUGCCUUUCAGCCCAAAACCUCUCGGAUUCAUGACUUUUAAGAGAAGAUCAUUCUGAGCGAAAGAGCUUGCUGCAAGUUAUGUUGUGCCAGAUAAGCACUAUGGAGAACGGGCCCAGUAACUACAAUGGCGAAACGGAGCCUGUGUGGGAGAGACCCUGGACGUUGGAUGAGAUGCGGAAAUCCAGCUCUAACUGGUCCUUAGCUGCAGAUUCAGGGCUUUUUCUCUACCUGCAAGAUUUCUCUCAGAGGAUGCUGUCCAAAACUCAUGAGAUUGAAAAACAGUUGGACGGCCUCAUUCGGGACACUAAAGCAACUGACAGCUGCCUACACACUGUCUUCAACGACUUCCUUAUGCUCUCCAAUACACAGUUUAUCGAAAAUAGAGUUUAUGACGAAGAAGUCGAGGAGGCUGCUCCAAAGGCCGAGGCCCCGGAGAAACGCCCUGAACAGGAAAAAACACGAGAACAGAAAGAAGCUGAGCUGAUACCUAAAGUCCAGGAGGCUGUAAACUACGGUCUGAAGGUUUUGGAGUCUGCCUUUGAGCAGUUAGACAUUAAAGCGGGCAAUUCUGACUCUGAGGACGAGGAGGCAGUAGAUAGAGUAGAACCCAUCUUAGAGCCCAAGGAUCUGUAUGUAGAUAGGCCGCUGCCUUUAUUGAUUGGGUCACAAGCUUUUAUGGAACAAGAUGAUGUUGGCCUGGGAGAUUUCUCCAGUGAUGACAUGUCUGUUGACAGUGAUAGAGAGAGUGUCAUUGAGAGUGACGAGGGGAAAGAUGGAGAGCACUCAGAUGAGGACUUUGACCAAGAAGAAGAGGGCCAGGGAAGCAUAAAGAAGAAGCCAUCUGUGGUCAGUUAUGAAGAGGAGGAGGAAGAAGACGAAGAUUCAGAUAUAUUUGGGGAGUCUGACAAGGAUGAAGAUGAAGCCAGAAAGGAUGAUGUGGGUCAAACAUCUUUUGCUGAUGAACUGGCAGCCAGAAUCAAAGGAGAUACAACAAGCAAACCAGAGCCAGACCGUACAUCAUUGUCAUCAGGCCCAUCUGUCAGCAAAAAGAAAAACAAAGGAAAGAAACUGCCAAAGGCAUCAGUGGAAGAUGAUAAUGAUGAAAUGUUCAAGCCUCCAAAAAUGGAAGAUGAUGAAUAUUCUCCAUUUGGAGGAAAAGGUGGCAUCUUUAGUGGUGGAAAAGGCCUGUUUGAUGAUGAUGAUGAGGGUGAUCUGUUUUCUGAGGCACCCAAAAAUGAGCCGAUGGAACAAACAGUGCCACAAACAGAGAGUGCCAAAACUAGAAAAAUACCCACAGGUGCGGUCUCCAUUUUCCCAGAAUACAAUCGUUUUGGCUCAUCAAACACUUCAGGUUUACUGGAGAGCAAAGAGAAUGGCAGUCCAGUCAAACCCAAAGUACAGGCAGCUCCAAAACAGGCAGCACUAGGAGGUGGUCUCUUUGAUGACAACGAUGAUGAUGACGAUGACUUUUUCAGUGGGAAGACUCUCAAAAAACCUACUUCUGCUGGACAGGAGAAGCCCAAACCAAAGAAAACAGUGGACCUGUUUGGCGGUGAUGAAGAUGAUGAUGAAGGUGACAUUUUCAAUGCAAGAAGUGCUACCAGUUCUCAACAGACCAAGAAAACUGUGGAGGAAGAGGAGGUGGUACGACCUCCUGAAAAGAAGUUACCUGCUGGUGCCAUCUCUGUGUUUGGGCCUGGCACAAAGAAUCUUCUUGUGGAGGGACUGAAGAAACGUCAGCCUUCAACGAGUGAGGAGUCUGAGAAAUCUGAGGAGAGCGUACCCCCUCCUGAGGUCAAAACGUCAGCUACUCCUAAAAUAGCAGAGAAAGUCCAGAGUAAGAGUCUGUUCUCUGAUGAUGAAGACUCACAGAUAUUCUCCCCAAUGCCAAAAAGUCAGUCAAAGCAUGAAGCCCCCACGCAGAGCAAAACAAGCAAGACAAAGCCCUCUAUAUUUGAUGAUGAGGAGGACGAGGAUCUGUUUUCCUCUGUGCCGAAAUCCAAAUCAAUUCAGGUCAAAACAACAGCACUCCAACCCGAGAAAACUGUGUCAAGCACUCUUUUUAGCGAUGAUGAGGACCAGUGGAUGAACUCCAAGCCCAGCGCUGUAAAGCCAGAGGUAAAGAGUGGUGGACUGAAGGCCAGCACCAGCGCCCCCUCCAGGCUGCCUAGUGCCAAAGUGCCACAGAAAGACAUUCUGUUUGACGACAACGAUGAUGAUGACGAUCUGUUUGCAGCCACAAAAGAGACAAGUCAGAAGAAGCCUCAAAGAGUCUCCCUCUUGUUUGAGGAUGAAGAUGAUGAAGACAAAGGAUCACUCUUUGGUUCCAAACCACCUGAAAACAAAACAACUCCAGAAGUCAUAGUGCCUGCUGCCACCUCUCAGGCUCCCUCUCUUUUUGGCCCUGAGGACACAGAGAAAGCAUCUGGAGCAUCUGCUCCAGUAGAUGAUAAGGUUGCUGAGGAGAGGCCCUCAGACAAGAAGCCUGUGCAGACAACACCUUCACCUGAGGAGAGUAGUAUUAGUAAGAAGAAGCCUGCUGGAGCUGUUAGCCUGUUUGGAGGAAUUAAUGUGCUAGGAGAUGGACCAGAAACCUCCAAGAAGCAGACCAAGAGUCCAUUGGAUGGCUUCGAUGAUCUUGACUGGCAUAAAGAAACUCCACCACCCAUAAAGAGCAAGGAGAAAAAGGCCAAGAAAACCACACUCAGCCUGUUUGAUGAUGACGAUGACCUUGACGAUGAAGAUGAACCUGAUGAGACAUCUCCCGUUUCCGUAGCAACCAAGACGACAGACAAAAGCACAUUCAAGUCUCAGGAGCAGAAACCUCAUGUGAAGAGCACAGGUGUGUUUCAGGACGAGGAGCUUCUCUUCAGCCAGACGCAGCAGAGAGACAACGAUCCAGACGUGGACCUUUUUGCUACCACUGCUAAACCUUCUGCCCCCUUGCCUAGCUCAGCAAAGCCUGCUGCUCCUACACUGUUUGGGGAUGAUGACGAUGAUGAUGACGACCUGUUCAGCUCUGCAAAGCCAAAAGCUCCUCCGAAAGUACCACAGAAGCCCAGUAAACCUAAAAAAGAUGAAACUGACAAAGGUUCAAGUACAGCACAGUCAACCCAAAAUGAGAAGCCUGCAGGCCCUGUUAAAUCUAAAGAAACCUCCUCAAGGAUUGGGAAACUUCAAGCCAACUUGGGGAUUAACCCUGCCAGCCUCCUGCCAGGAGCUGGGCCACGGGUGCCGGGAGCAGUCAGUGUAAUUCCAGGCCUGGCACCCUCCCCUUCAGCCCGAGCUGCAGGGCCACCGCCAGGUUCCGCUGGCCGCCCUGAGCUUCAGGCUCCUAGCGAGGGAGGGGUGAGCUUUGACACACCGGCUCAGGUCACCACACUACAGAACGCCAACAAGGACCGUGCUAAAGGCGCAACACGACGGCGGCCCCAGACUCGAGCAGCGCGGCAGCUGGCAGCCCAGCGCUCUGAAGAAGCACACAGGGACAUCCAGGACGAGAACUCUUCUCCCCAGGCCGCUUCUGGGGGUGGAUCGGCUUCCUCAAUGCCCUCUUUCAACCCUGUCUCAGCCAGACCCUCUGCCCUCACCCUGCCCAUAACCACCACCUCCACAGCGCCUGCACACAGACAUUCUGAUGAGUCUGUCAGGCCAAAGAUGCCCCCUGCUGCUGCUGCUGCUGCUGCUGCUGAGGAGGACCUGUUUGCCUCUGAGGACCUCUUUGCUUCUGUUUCGAUCCCUAAACGCACGCCCUCCCCUCAACCCAAAACAAAGCCCAUUGAGACAGUUCCUGAUGGAGCCUCCAAGAGAGAUGCUGGUGUAGCCUCAAAAAAGGACCCAACCUUGUCCAUCUUUGAUGACCAUGGGGAGGACCUCUUUGCUACGGUCAAGCCAAAGCCAGUCAAGAAGGCCAAGGGUGUGCCUUUUCUUGAUGAUGAUAAUGAUGAUGACAUCUUCAGAACAGAGAAACGAAAGGAAUCUAAGAUGCUGAGUGAUUCAGCCAAACCAGACAUUUUCCAGGAUGAAAAGGACACACCCUCUAAAACUCCUAAAAAACCUAAAGAAGCAUCCUUGGAUGCGAGCUUAUUUGAUGACGAUGUUGACAUUUUUGCUGAUUUGACUCCCACAAUGAAGACAAAAGGGAAGAAAGUGAAGAAGAAAGUGGAAACUAAAUCAAUAUUUGAUGAUGACAUGGAUGAUAUUUUCUCAUCUGGAAUCACAAAACCAGUAGCGGCCCCAUCUUCCAAGCCUAAGAAGCCCACCCAGGAACCCAGCUCAGCAGAAGAAUCGGGUCACAGUAUUUUUGAUGAUCCUCUUAACGUGUUUGGUGGAAACUAAAUCUCUGAAAUCCUCCAUUUGUAUAACUGUGUAGAGAUGUUUAUCGGAUUCACAGAGACUAGAACAUACUGUAUUAACACUGUUCAUAGAUAAUUUAUAAAUUCUGGAAAAAUAUCCUUAUGAAUAGAUGAUGAUGACAAAACUCAAGUAACCUCUAAUGGCAUCUAGAAACUCAUCUCUCAUCAGUAGGCAACAUAGCAGCCACAAAGUGCUAUUUAGAUCAAUGUUUUUUAAUUUAAUUUUCAGCAUAGCACUUUAAAUAUGAGAUUAUUACUUGCGCAUCAUAUAAAGUCAGAUCCAUUUGAUUGUGAAUGGAUACAUUCCUCUGACAUGGUCAUCUGCAAGGUUUAAUUUGCAUUCUUUUGCAUCAGGUUGUGCCAUAUAACUCUUAACGAUUGUCUUAUGAUUAGUGCUCACUGUCUUUUGAUGCUGUUUUUAUAAGUUUUUUGUGUUGCAUGUGAAAUGAUUUUUGUAAACUAAAGAAAAUAUAUUUUAUGAAAUUUA